AUGAUUAGUAUAUUUGCUUUGUUCUUGUUUGUUUAUGUUUUAAUUGAAAGGUUUAUGUCUUAUCGUCUAAGCUUGGUUGAUUAUUUCUAUAAUAAUAGUCCUGAGCAUAUGUUGUGUAAUAUUGUUUUCGGUCAUUCUUAUCAAUCAGAGAUCUAUUUUAGAGGUUAUGCUAUGCCUAUGAUGAAUAGUUUGUUUGCUAGUUAUAUAGAUUGA